AUUUCCACUCCACACAAAAUCCUCUCUACACUCUUGUUUCCCGCUUCAACCUCGCGCGGCUCGCGCCUUCUAACCUGAUUACCUCUCCCAAGGGCAUUAUCCAUUUCUACGCACACCAGAACGAACUACGAAGGUGAUUUUGGGGCUUCCAAGCCUCUGGAGCUCGAGGUAGUCCUGUUUCAGCUUCAUGUGGUUCUGAGCUUCUCGAGGAGUUUUUAUCAGGGGAGAAGACCAAGAGAUGGCCGCUUUGAGUGUCCUUUCUCUAUGCCCCUGUAGGCUUUCAUGUCGACGAUGCCCUAGAAGGCCUUACGUUUCUUCCUCCUUAGGUACUAGUGGGUAUAAAGUCCUAAACAAGGAUUUGAAGAGAAGAGAGGGAGCAAGGAAAAGUAUGGAAGAUUCUAUUCAGCGCAAGAUGGAACAGUUCUAUGAAGGGUCUGAUGGCCCACCACUCCGUGUUCUUCCUAUAGGUGGCCUGGGUGAAAUUGGGAUGAAUUGCAUGCUUGUGGGGAACUAUGAUCGUUACAUUUUGAUUGAUGCUGGCAUAAUGUUUCCAGAUUAUGAUGAGCUGGGUGUCCAGAGAAUUAUACCCGACACAACAUUCAUCAAAAGAUGGAGCCAUAAAAUUGAAGCAGUUGUUAUAACUCAUGGCCAUGAAGACCACAUUGGUGCGUUGCCUUGGGUAAUCCCAGCUUUGGAUUUGCGUACACCAAUAUUUGCUUCGUCCUUUACAAUGGAGCUAAUCAAAAAGCGCUUGAAAGAGUUUGGGAUCUUAGUACCAUCCAGGCUUAAGGUUUUUAGGACGAGGAAGAAGUUCAUUGCCGGGCCUUUUGAAGUAGAACCUAUCAGGGUUACCCACUCUAUUCCGGAUUGUUGUGGAUUGGUGCUCCGCUGUGCUGAUGGGACCAUUCUUCAUACUGGUGACUGGAAGAUUGAUGAAUCACCAUUGGAUGGGAAAGUUUUUGAUCGCGACACUUUGGAGGAACUCUCGAAGGAAGGAGUUACAUUGAUGAUGAGUGACUCAACAAAUGUGCUCUCACCUGGAAGAACUGUUAGUGAGACUGUUGUAGCAGACGCACUAUUGAGAAAUGUUUCAGCUGCUAAAGGAAGAGUUAUUACUACACAGUUUGCAUCUAAUAUACAUCGUCUUGGAAGUGUGAAAGCUGCAGCUGAUUUAACUGGUCGGAAGCUGGUAUUUGUGGGCAUGUCAUUAAGGACAUACUUGGAUGCUGCUUGGAGAGAUGGAAAAGCACCAAUUGAUCCAUCAACUCUGGUGAAAGUGGAAGAUAUUGAUACUUAUGCUCCAAAGGAUUUGCUUAUUGUUACAACAGGCUCUCAAGCAGAACCACGUGCUGCUUUGAACCUCUCAUCAUAUAGAAGCAGUCACUCUCUCAAAUUGAACAAGGAUGAUGUAAUUCUAUAUUCAGCUAAGGUAAUUCCUGGGAAUGAGAAUCGAGUGAUGGAUAUGUUGAACCGGAUAGCAGAUAUUGGUUCAACAAUUGUAAUGGGAAAAAGUGAGAACCUGCAUACAUCGGGCCAUGGAUAUCGUGAUGAACUGGAGGAAGUACUUAAAAUUGUGAAGCCGCAGCAUUUUCUGCCGAUACAUGGAGAACUCUUGUUCUUGAAAGAGCAUGAAUUACUUGGCAAAUCUACUGGCAUCCGGCAUACUACUGUUAUAAAGAAUGGUGAGAUGCUGGGAGUUUCUCAUCUUAGGAACAGAAGAGUGAUGUCUAAUGGUUUUAUUUCCCUGGGAAAGGAGAAUCUCCAGUUGAUGUAUAAUGAUGGUGAUAAAGCAUUUGGCACAUCUACAGAACUUUGCAUUGAUGAGAGACUAAGGAUAGCAUCUGAUGGUAUUAUAGUUGUCAGCAUGGAAAUUUUGCGCCUAGAGAAAGUAGAUGGUCUGGAUCAAACGAGCCUAAAGGGAAAAAUAAGGAUUUUCACACGUUGCUUAUGGCUUGACAAAGGGAGGCUUUUAGAUGCCCUUUACAAAGCUGCUCAUGCUGCGCUAUCAAGUUGUCCUGUGAACUGUCCGCUGGCUCACAUGGAAAGAACUGUGUCUGAGGUACUGAGGAAGAUGGUGAGGAAGUACAGUAGUAAAAGACCUGAUGUGAUUGCAAUAGCUGUUGAGACAGCUGAAGUUCUGUCUGAUGAGCUAAAUGCAAGAUUAUCUGGCAAGUCCCAUGUUGGCUUUGGGUCAUCAUCAUUGAAUAGAGUUGUCAGCCCACGUCAUAGGAAGAGGAGGCCAAGCAGGAAGCUUGAAGAAGCAGGUGGUGGUAACCCCCACUCAGAGGAGAUUGCAGAUGAGAGUGUUGAAUUGGAACAUGUGUUAUCUGAGGAAGAUGCAACUGCAUCAAGUUCUGGCGAAGAUGACCCAUCUACGCUACUUACAGGAAGCUCAGAUGCUUUUUUGAAACCAUUUGUAGCACUGACAUCAUCUGCUGAGGACCAAGUAAGGGAGGACAAUGGUUCCAUUCCAGAAGAGUGUCCGGAUAUUAAUAAAGAUGGCACAGAAAGCAUUGGGGGGGAUUCUGUUCAUUUGUCAAAUCCUCAAUUGACAUCUCCCAGGUCUGUAAAACAGAACAAAUGGGAGCCUGAGGAAAUUAUGAAACUAAUCAGAAUGCGGGGGGAAUUGGAUAGCAGAUUUCAAGUUGUGAAGGGGCGAAUGGUCCUUUGGGGAGAGAUCUCUGCAAAUUUGUUAACUCAUGGGAUAAAUCGAUCUCCAGCACAGUGCAAAUCUGUUUGGGCAUCCCUUGUUCAAAAAUAUGAGCAGGAAAGCAAGAGUGGGAGGGAAAGCAAGGAGGAUUGGCCCUAUUUUUCUGAAAUGGACAAGAUUUUAUCUGAUCGUGAGGCAGGAAUGACAAAAUGAAUGGACUUUGUAGAAACAGUUUGUCUUUUCAAAAUUUUGGCAGUGUUCUUGGUCUUCUUGCAUCUCUGGCUUGAAUAUAUGUGAUGAUCUGGGAUGACGAGAAAUGAAUGAACUUAUUCUGAAGACAAAGCGCCUUUUAGCAUAUUCCCAGUUGGGAGGAAUCUUAAAUACUAUGAUGGAUGGUGGCAUCUGUAUUGGAUUUUGAGCAGCAGUUCAGGUUCGUGACAUUGUUUUUCGGUGUACUGUUCAAAAUUUUAUAAAGAUAAAAAGGCAAGAAGAUAUGCCAGAAACCAAGAGUGGCAUAAUUUGGCUUGAAAAUGUCCUAUGGUUGGUCGUGUCACAUGGAAUAACAAUUUUGUUGUCAUAAUCUCUAUUACUUAUUACCCUUCUAAAAGAUCAAA